AUGACAGAGUUGGUGAAGAUUUACGUGGAAAAUGAAAAGGCUGACGCAGAUUUGGUCCAGAAGUUACUGGGAACUGAGCAUGGUAAGGUUUCGAAGCGUAUUUCAGAAUGAAAUCGUUUUGAUUUACCAAAAAUUUCGUUUUCAGAGAGGUUAUGCAGUUCCGGCUCAAUGGAUUCGGAUUACCAGGACGUUUCUCAUCUCGGGAUACGAGAGUUCACUGAAAUAAAGCACACUUCAUUGCCACCAGAACUAAAGGAGCAAUUGAGAAGUAAGUUAUUUUGUUUUUGUAUUGUUUUCUGUCUUUAGGAGGAUUUUUUAAAAAUUUGGAGACUUAUGGGAUGUUGAGUAUAAAUUAGGCUUGACCACUGCGUUCUUGAUGAAUUUAUGGCUUAGUUUGGCAUUUUAUUUCUGCCCGAUUGGCGGAAACUGCCCAUCUGAACGUUUUAAGCUGUAGACUUCAUUUGAAGUUCUAUAUUUGCUCAAUUUUCUUUUGGACAUCAGUGUUCAUGGAGAAUAUCACAGACUUGAAUGUAGUUCUGAAUCCUGCCUUCUUGACUGCUUGAAUUUUUUAGGAUAUGAGUAAGGGAGAAUUAGCUUUCUAAUGGUCUUGUGCACGAAAUAUAUUCUUCCUUCCGUCACCAAAGGAAUUGAUAUUAUUCAUGUCAUGUUCGACUUCAAAAAAUUUUUUGAUUUUCAGAUUUGCAAACAAAUUGCGCCUUCGGCAUCUUUCCUGAGAUUUACAGAGCAUGGAUGAUUGUGGAUUCUGAUUUGUUUUUAUGGAAUUUUGAGUUUAAGUGAGUUUUCGGAAGCAUUGUUUUGCCUAACAUCAAUUUUUGCCUCAUAAUGACUUUGAUUUCUAUUUUAGCAAAGACCUGGCUUACUACGACCACAUAGAAAACACAAUUCUCAAAGUGGAGCUGGUAAAUCUGCGGCCCGGCGUGUUUGAUCCUCGAUUUGCACAAGCCUUGGUGGUGGCGACAACCGGUGAUUUAUACCUUCUUGGGGUCGGAUUUAUCGAUGAGAGUCGACAGGAGACCGUGUUUGGCCAAAUCGACCACAAAAACCCGAAUUUGUUUUUGGUGUUGGAAGAGAUCGCCAAGGUAAGGGUUGAGGUGUCAUGGAUAAUAUAAAUUUUCUUUAUUUUCUUGGGAAAAAAUUUUGUGUCUGCUUUGAUAAAUUUGUGAGUUAAUUUUUGAGGGUUUCAGAUAUCUCUGGACGGCGUUGUGGUAACAGAUUUGGCUUGCACAGUCGAUGGAAGAGUGUUUUUCUCCGCCGAUAAUGAUGUCUAUGAAUGUGAUUAUAGUGUAAGUUAUUUUCGUUUAGUUUGUUGUGUUUUUAGGUAUGAUUGUUCUGGAAAAAAAGUUGUUGAAAUAAAGAUUCAGAAUGUAAAACGAAUAUUGAGUCCAGUUUUAUGAAGCGCAGGCUGCCCCCUGACUUCCUCUUGAUGGAAAGGAUUUUUGGCGUUGGAGAUGACAUUUAGAGCUUCUAAGGAGUCAAGUAGACUUGUUUAUCAUGAUUUCGAUUUACUUUUUCCACCUCAACUUUUUGCAGAAGGAUCGUUGGUUCGGCAGCGCCGUGCAGAAGGUGAACUGGACCCGAAGCCUCUUCCCCAACCCAUUGUCGAUCUUCCAAACCAAGGAAAAGAUUGUUCAGCUGGCGGUGGACGACACCCGGCACAUUUUGUACUCCCUCUCGGAUCAUGCAAAAAUUGUGGUCUAUGAUUUGGGCCCGACUGGCCAAGGGUUCUCCAGAGCCGCCGAAAAUUCACUGGAUCGGAUUGUGGUAAGGCGAUUUUUGUGGGUUUUGAGUUUAAAAUGAGAUCAGGGAACGUAAGAAGGCUAGUGGAAUUAGUUUAGGAAGAAUUUGACCGGUUUAAGGUUUUCGUGGUGGGACCCAAAUCAUGGUUUUUAAAAACCUGAAUUUUGUUAGUUAUUUUGAUUUCAAUAGGUUACCUGAUGUAUCUAGAGAAAAUUUGUAGCCUUUUAACAGAUGAUAACCGCUUGUUUCCUAUGGCAAGGCUAAAAAAAAUGAAAUUUUAUCAAAAAUCCUUAAAUUUUCUCCAAAAAAUUGGCUUUCAGAAGGAAUAUCAGUAUCAAAUCAGCUGCGACACCUCGUUUGUGAAGGAAUUCGUCUCGAUAUCGGUGAUCCCGUCAACACGCUCACUCCACGGCUAUCUGGAAGCCAUCACAACGUAUGGGAUUCGGAUCUUUUUCACUUGUUCGGAGCAAUUGCUGGUCGAAAAAGACAGUAAUAGAGUGAGUUUUGCCGAUUUUCAGACCUUUAUUUGGUCACUUUUCAUUGGACACCAGUAGUUUUUGAUUUUGGAAAAAAUCAGGUUUUCGUGGUGGGACCCAAAAAAAAAUUUUUUUUGAUUUUGUUUACUAUAAUAUGGUAUAUGAUGUUGUAAAUUGCAGUUUGCGCAAAAUUCCGUCCGUCCCCGAUGUCUCCGCGCCAUCCAUUUUCGACUGCCAACGGGAAAUCCGUCGUUAUUACUGCAAAACAAGACCAAUGUCUACUUCGGAAAGACUAUGAAUGGUGAGAAGAAUUUUUAUAGAGAGUUUCUCGGAGAUGUGAAAGGUUUUUUGGUUGACUUUGCCGUAUUUUAGACACCACAAUCAUCGCGUUGAGCACUGCCAGAGAGGAAUCGGCGUUAUUCGCCUUCUCUUCGAUGAAUUUCACCUACACAAACCGAUUCAUCGAGUCCUAUGUGAGUUCAGAAGAGAGUAUAGGAGAUUUUUUUUUGAUUUUUGUUUGAGUUACCUUGUACUCGAAUAUCUUUUGCGUUGACAAAAGUUGAAAAGAUGUUUUAAAUAUAGUGCGGGACAAGAUCAAGUGGUCAAAAGUGCUUCCGAUUGCAUCCGGAAGGCAUUCCAAAUACUAAUAAAUAUCUCCCUAUCUGACCGAAAAUAGUGUUCUUUUGAUGAGGCGAGAAAGUUGCGUUUUGGAAAGAGUAAAGGGGAAAAUUUGAAGGUAUUGAACGCUUCCCUCUUUCCAAAAAGGAAAAUUUCUUGCCUCUCUCAUCAGAAGAACGCUAUUUUCGGUAAGCGAGGUACUUAAUACAGUGACGGGCUUGAUCCAGUGGCAAAAAACGUGCCAUUUUGCAUCCGGGAAGUAUAAAAAAUGUGGCAAAAUGCCUCUCCAAGUGAAAAAACUCCGAUUUCAAAAGCAACUUUCAAAAUGGAGUUUUUUCACUUGGAGAGGGACGUAUUUUGCUACAUUUUUUGAUACUCCCCGAUUGCAAAAUGGUACGUUUUCUUGCCACUGGGUCAAGUCCGUCACUGUAUUCAGUGCCUCCCUUACCGAAAAUAGCGUUCUUCUGAUGAGAGAGGCGAGAAAGUUGCCUUUUUGGAAAGAGGGAGGCAUUCAAUGCCUUAAAAUUUUCCCUCUCUACUCUUUCCAAACGGGCAACUUUCUCGCCUCAUCAGAAGAACGCUAUUUUUCGGUCAGAUAGGGAGAUAUUUAGUAGCAUUUGGAAUGCCUCCCGGAUGCAAUCAGAAGCCCUUUUGACCACUGGAUCCUGUCUCGCACUGUAUUUUUAAUCAUCAUGCUUUAGAGCAAGCUCCAAGCUCAGAACGCCAUGGUGUGGUCGGCGGCCCGCACCGCCGAAGGCCUGGCCCUGGAGCAGUGCAAAGUCCGAGAAACGGCGAUAAAAGUGGCCACAAUGGAAGAAAUCGAGCUGGUCCCCGCAAUUCAACCCCCUCAAUUCUCCCAACAGCACAUAUUCCCGGUCGACAAAUUCCACAUUGUCACCUCGGAUGGAAUCCUCACGAUUGGACAUUCGGCCCCAGUCGAGAUUUUGAGGCAUAUCUUGGAGAGAAAUGGAACGGAGUCAAAGCAAUUGCAUGAUUGGCUCAAAAUCCACGGCAAUAUCGAGGUUUGCAUCCAAGCCUUGAUCAUCAUAUGCAGUGACAAGAGCACGGACAUGAACAUCAGAGUAAGUGCGGUUUUGUUUGAGGAUUUGGGACAAGUUAUACGAUGAAAUAUGCCCGAGGAAAUUUUUUUUUGUUUUUGAAUGUUGAUAGUGGUUUAUGGGGAAAAAUAGAAAUAAACAGUGAGAAGGAGACUUAAAUUGUAGUUUAGAAUCAUUUUUGGAAAGCAAUGUGACAUUUUAUACGAUUAAAUUUGCCUUUUUUUUUGUCUUUUUUGAUCCAUUAAAAUAUUACUUGAAAUUGUUUAAAACGGGAUAGUAAGCUAUCAAAAAGGUAUUUUUCAUCAAUGGAGUGACAUUUUAUACGAUGGAAAAUGUUCAAAAACCAAAAAAAAAUUGGAAAUCUUUUAUCGUAUAACUUGUCGCUUCCAUUUGAAAUGUUGGUCAAUGUGCAAGUAAUGACAUCUGUUGUCUUUAGGAACCAGCUAUUCGCACAUUCUUCUCACUUGGUGGCCAACCGGAGCUUGUCAGUCCGUUUAUAGGCCGAGAACAACAUGACCCAUUCAACCCGAGUAACACCCUAAAUUUCGAUGCAUUCCCAGACCAAACUGCCCCACUCUUGGCCUCCACUCCUCGUCGUCCACCGCCAGGCCAGCAGCAGCUUCCAAACGCCGAAUUGCAACUCAAACCAUCGUUCCGACAUGAUGCGUUGUAUACGCAUUUCACAAGAAUCGUAUACUUUAUUUGGGGAAGAAUUUUAUGCCAGCGAAGGGAUAAUGAGGUAAGAGAGAUUACUGGAUAUAUGUAUAUUGUUUUAGUCAUCAAUUUUUUAAGAUUUUUGGAAUUUUUUUUUCUUUUUUUUUUUUUUUUUUCCCUAAAAUAAUAUUUUGUUCCAGAUCCUCUCACACUUGUACCUCGAAGAUCUCCAAUUGAUUGUAAAACAUGUAUCACUGUUCCAAAAUUCCGUUGAACAGUUUGCGUUGAUCUCGACAGCUCGAUCCGGCGGCUUUCAAAUUGAUGGAGAAGGUAAGAUAAAUGUUUUUUCCAUGCUUGUAGAUGUGUUAUACGAUGAAACAUGUUUUGGGAAGGUUUUAUCGUAUAAAAUGUCCAAAAGUGGCUUCUGGUAAAUUAUAAAAUUGUAAAGUUGUUUCGGCGGCCACUAGUAUGUCUAGAAAUUCUUUGAGAGAAUCUGGAGACAUUUUAUACGAUUAAAGAUGCCUUGGAAAGUAUCCGUCGUAUAACUUGUCCCUGGGCAUAUAAACGAUUUUAUUGAUAGAACCAAGGUAUUUCGUUACGAUUUACAUUGAUUUCAUAAAUUUUACACUGGUUGAAGACAUUUUAUACGGUGAAAGAUGUUUUAGAAGUAUUCAUCGUAUAACUUGUCGCCUGGGCAUAGAAACGGUAUUAUUCAUAGAAUCGAGGUAUUUUGUUACCAUUUUUCCAGUUUCACGCAUUUUACACAGACUGAAGACAUUUUAUACGGUAAAAUUGUUGAUUGAUUUUAUUUCAUUUUGAGGUCUAAAAUUGGAUUUUCAAGGGGAAACGGAGGUUUCUUGUUGGUGUAGAAGCUUGAUCUUAGAAUUUUUUAUCGAUUUUGUAGGUCUUUGGCCUAGUACAAUAUAAAUUUUGAUGAAAUUGUCGCCGUUUCAGCCAUGGAAAGGGAAUCCAGGUCGUUGGAGAAGCUGAAGAACCUAAUCGGACUGACCAGAGAGUUUUUGAACCUGUGGAUCAUCCUCCUGGAACACAACUUCCCAUGCAUUAUGAACGGACUGCCGGCCGAUGUGAAAGAGCAAAUCCUCAAAUGGUCCUUUGCCGAUUUGCUCUCGAAUUGCCCGGAAAAGACUGGAGUCGACUUGAUUUCGGCGUUGAUCAAGUUUUAUUUUGGAGACGAGGCAAAAACGGAGACCCUGAAUAAUCGGCUGGCCUCGGAAUGCCCAAGGCUUUUUACCAAUGAAGAUGCGAAUAUUUUGAAGGUAUUUUUUGUUCAUUUGAAAGUGAAAAUGGUUAUUGAGAUUGUGUUUGGUCUUUUGGACAGUUGGAAAAUUUUAUUUGGGAGUUGUACCUAUUUUUAUGAGCAUUUUGGCCUUAUUUUAGGUGAUUUUAGGAAAUUUUUUGAAAUUUUGAAAUUUGACGUUGGUAACUCGGACGGAAAUGGGCAGUUAGGAGUCUAUGGGACAUUUUUGAGUUAAUGAAUGUACUAGUGAGAAGUAAUUUUUGUUUUCGAAGAUCCCUGGAUCGUAUUUUAGACGAUUAAAGGGACCUUUCGAAGUUUUGGAGAGUUUUUGAAAUUUUUAUUGCUGAACAGCUUUAGAUUGUUAUUAUAAGGGUGCGCGUUGUGCAUGGAAAUGUUAAUGAUUAUUUGUUGGGCUAUUAUUUUGCAGUAGAACAAAGUUGUGACCUUAUUUUAGCAAUUUGAGGGGAGAUUUUGACAGUUUUGUGAAAUUUUGGCCUUUUUCUUUGAUUUUGUUGCUUGGACUGAAGUUUAGGGCCCUAUAUGGCUUUUGGAGUAUUUUACAGAGUUAUAUGUCGAUUUUUUUAUUUGAGAGUUUAACCGAACCAUUCAAUUUCACCUUGUUUUAGGGAAUCGAACUCCUCCACACGGCGCGAACCGUGGAGUCUCUCACAGAACGGGAACGCUCCAUCAAGCGGGCCAUGGAGAUUAUGACCAAACACGCGGAACGAGCCGACAUGAACAUGGUGUCAGCGUUGUUGAGGGACCUCAAUUAUUACAUCGGAAUCAUCGAUAUGGCCCUGGCCAGAGCCAAGCGCGUCGACCCCAGAGACUAUGCUAAAAUCGCAUACAGAAAGAACCUACAAGAUCUUGGAGACAUGCAGGAAGCGGUAAGCUGGUCCAAAGGGAAGAUUACAUGUUUGUGGACAUGUUAUACGGUGAAACAUGUUUUGGAAAGGUUUUUAUCAUAUAAAAUGUCAAAAAAUCGUUUCCGCUAAAUCAUAAAGUUAAUUUUGACGGUCGUUAUGUCUAUAAAUUUUUUGAGAGAAGGUGGAGACAUUUUAUACGAUGAAAGAUGUAUUGGAAACUAUCCAUCGUAUAACUUGUCUCCUAGGCAUAGAAAUGAUUUUGUUGAUAGAAUCAAGGUAUUGCGUUACGAUUUACAAUGAUUUCAUGAAUUUUACACUGGUUAAAGAUAUUUUAUACGAUGAAAGAUGUUUUGGAAGUAUCUAUCGUAUAACUUGUCGCCUUGGCAUAGAAAUGGUAUUAUUGAUAGAAUCAAGGUAUUCAGUUGUCAUUUUUCCAGUUUAGUAAAUUUUACACAGGUUGAAGACAUUUUAUAAGAUAAAUUUUGUCUCAAGAAAGUUUUUAUCGUAUAAAAUGUCGCCUUUACAAAAAUAAAACUUGUCAACUGGUUUUAGGUGACGAAGCGAGUAGGAGUGUACAGCAUCGUCGUGGACACACUCAACUACCUCCAUCGGAUUGCCACUUCUGACGCCCGAACCAACGAAUUCCCGAUUAGCAAAGCGGCCGCUCUGAUUGAACGAAACGAAAUCAUCGACCGAAUCUGCCAUUCGGACGACGAGAUUUGCCAGGUUCACCUUUUCCGAUGGCUUAUUGAAAACGGAUUGGAGGAGAAGGUUCUAGCCGAACCGAAUGAAACUUUGGAACAUUUUAUCUAUAAGUGAGUUGAUGAAAUGGACUAUUUUUAGGAAUGUAAGAGAAGAUUAAGCGGUAAAAUGAGAUGGUGAACAUAAAAAAAGGGCUCUAGGUUGACUUAGAAGCGGUUUGAGGGGGUAUCGUGAGAUUUUUUUACAAAAAAUCGGGUCUUUUUGCCUAAAGUAAUAUAAAUUUUUGAGGCGAAUUGUUGAUUUUUGCUUCAGAUAUGUUGAAUAUGGAAUAAAAAGGGGUGUAGUGAUGUUUGCGAUCAAAAUAAAAGCUUAAUUUUGCUAUAGAUUUCAGAUUUUGUAAAAUUUUUUACGGGGAAAGUACUUCUAUGCGGUAUGGAGUUGCAGGUCGACUCAUAUAUCAAAAAAUUCGCAAAAUUUUUCUGAUUCAGAAUAUGUAAAAAUUAGCUGCCCAAUUUUGGUUUGUAAGGGCGAAAAACCCCUCAGAACUUUUCGCGCAACACCACGCAAAUGUCUUUUUGAACAAGUUUUUACCAAUUCAAAAGCUUUGUUUUGAGCUGAAGCAUCUUGACAAGCCUUAAAAUAUCGAAUUUUAUUAAUACUACACCUUAAUUAGCAGUUCCAAUGUGAAAAUUAGUAGUUUUAAUUGGUAUUAUUAAUCAGAUUUGAUAUGUUAAGGCUUGUCAAGAUGUCAGGGUUUACUUUAGCUCAAAACAAAGCUUUUGAAGUAGUAAAAACUUGGUCAAAAAGCAUUUGCGUGGUGUUGCGAGAACAGUUCUGGGGGUUUUUCGCCCUUACAAACCAAAAUUCGGCAGCUAAUUUUUACAUAGUCUGAAUCGGAAAAUUUUGAAAUGUGUCUCGACCUGUAACUCCAUACCCCAUAGAAGUACUUUUUUUGUGAAUUUUUUUUUUCUCAAAUAACUAAAAAAAUUUUAGGUCUUAAUUUACGCUAAUCUCCCGUUUUCAGCGAGAUUGAGACGAGCGGAGCCACCAUCUACUUUGACAUGCUCUGGCAGUACUACAAAGGCACCGAGGAGUACGCGAAAGCGGCGAAACUGCUCUACGAGCUGGCCACGAAGAAGGCGCGCUCCACGAACAUUGAAAAGAAGCUGGAAUUCCUCUCGCACGCGUUGAUCUGCAUCAACUCGGCGCCGGAAUCCCAGCCGAAUGUCCAACUCAAGGCCAACAUUCGCGAUUGGCUGGACGUGGCGCGCGUUCAACUCCAGGCCCAACAACAACUUCGAGCCGAAGCGGGACACCGCCUGGACCCGAGAGUGGUGGAAGAAACCAUCCACGAACUGGAUAAUAACCUGAUGACUGUGUCCGACUUGUUCGAACUCGCCAAUCGCUUCGAUUUGCCGACCAUCAAGCUGGCUGUUAUCCAUUGUGCUGGGCAUUACGACACGGAAAUGAUUGAAGGCAUCUAUAAGAGCAUCAUCCAUGAAGGUAAGAGAGUUUUGAAAGACUUUUCAGAGGCUCUAGUGAGGAAUGAAAUCAAUUUGAGAUGGAAAUUCAAAGGUUUUUGAGAAGUGUAGGGCGCAGCUCGCGAAAAUAAAAUAAGAAAAUUAAGGGAGAUUUGAGUUUUUUAGGGUAAAAUAUAACCAAGGUGAUUUAUAUCUGGCGGCAAGGUCGGUAUGCCGAUGAUUUUUUACGCCUACUUGGCCAAAAAAAAUUCCAAGUUUCAGCGAUUUCGGCCCGAAAAUCAUUCUUGAAGACUUUGGGAAGACAUAGAAAGGUCAAUUCAAGGUUUUGUUUGAAAUUCAGUCGGUUGAAAAUAGCGGGUCUCAGCUCCAGAAAAAAUUAUUUUUGCUAAGUAGGCGUAAAAAUUCAUCGGCACACUGAGCUUGCCGCCAGAUAUAAAUCACCUUGGUUAUAUGAGCAUUUCAGAUUUAGAGUGAGUUUUAUUUUCUUCAAAACAGACUCUAGGAGAUCUAUUGCGAUGUAAAAUAUUGAUCUUGGUUGAUUGGAUAAAUGUUUUUUAUUAUUUUAGAUCUGGACAAGGUGGAUACUGAAGGAAAGGACUUGCAUGUGGCUGCAAGAGCCUUGGCCACUCGUCUGGCCCAGCUGAGACGUCAGUACGCCGCAGCUCCAACGUAUUUCCCGACGAGUAGGUCCAUUUUUUGACAAGGAAAGUGCUUCUAUGGGGUGUGGAGUUACAGGUCGAAACAUAUAUCAUAAAAAUCGCAAAGUCUUUCUGAUACAGAAUAUGUAAAAAUUUGCUGCCCAAAUUUGGUUUUAAGGAAGAAAAACCCCCUCAGAACUUUCCUCGCAACACCACGCAAAUGCCCCUUUUUUACAUUGGAACUACUGUAAUAUUAAGGUGUAAUAUUGAUAAAAUUUGAUAUUUUAAGGCUUGUCAAGAUGUCAGGGUUUACUUUAGCUCAAAUCAAAACUUUUGAAUUGGUAAAAACUUGGUAAACGGCAAAAUUUGGGUUUACCAAUUCAAAAGCUUUGUUUGGAGCUCAUAAAAAACCCCUGGCAUCUUGAUAAGCCUUAAAAUAUCAAAUUUGAUUAAUACUACACCUUAAUUAGUAGUUCCAAUGUAAAAAAGGGGCAUUUGCGUGGUGUUGCGAGAAAAGUUCUGUGGGUUUUUUCGCCCUUACAAACCAAAAUUAGGCAGCUAAUUUUUACUUAUUCUGAAUCAGAAAAAUUUUGCGAUUUUUUUGAUAUAUGACUCGGCCUGUAAUUCCGUACCCCAUAGAAGUACUUUCCUUGAUUUUUAGAGAUUUUUUUAUAAUAUUUUUUAAAAUUUUUUUAGAAUUCAUCGUCCAGGAGCUCCUACAAUACGCUCUGAACAGCCUGUCGGCCCGAUGGUUCAGUGAGGUGAUCAGAGGAUCGGAAAUCACCGUCCCAGAACUGAUCGAAAUCUGCCUCCACGUGUACCGAGUGGUUGAUCCCUUCUGGCGGAGGAACCACCAAGCCCGCAAGUUCAUGGUCGAACUUUGCAGUUUGUUGAGCGAAAACUUCCUGUCAAAGUCCUCGGACUACCCGCAGGACGAGCGAAUCAUAAUCAAAGAGAAGUGUUUGGAAUUCGCCGCAACUUUACUCAUCGAUCUCCAGGACUCCAAUGAAAAUACGGAUCGCCUCACUUCGGUUCAAGUCCGCUUGGAAGAACUUCGAUGA